AUCCAUAUAAACUAUACCAAUCCUACAGCUCUGACAAUACACAGGAGGACAAGGAUUUGGAAGAUAUAUACAGUGUGAGGAGUCUUAAAGGAUUAAUAAAACAAACUCUUACAGACAAACCCCUAGCUGUAACAGAGAUGAACUUAUCGGCAGUAUAUUGAUGAUGAUGAUGCCGCAGAGCUGUCAUUCAGUCAAGGCUAAAUUCCUACCUGUGUGGAGAUGAAGUUAAUAGUGGAAUAUACACAAUUUGUCUCUUCCGAGUGUAUAUUAACUGUAGUACAUUAUAACAGUCCUUGGAAGACAGCAACUACUGACAUCAGCUGAGAUAGAUAAGCCUAUCAGAAAUGAACAUUUGUAUGUAACUGGAUGGUGGUGUGCCUUUCUAGCAUUGCCAAGUAUCGCAGGAACGAAUCAUAAAAAAGACAGAAGGAAGGAAGGUGGUUGUACUUAGUGUCUGCAUGUACUUCUCUUUCAACAGGACCUACGAAUAUAGAUAACUGUCUCUACCUAUAGUACAAGUUCCUGGUCCAGCUACUCACAAGAACUCUGUAACUUUAUAACUGCAAAGGAUGGUUGUACUUAAUAUAUCAAGCUAGUGUAUCAUUCACAGUCGUUUCUACCUAUAUCCACCUACACAUAAUUCUAUCAACAAGGAGUUUGUACCUUCGGUAAUAUCAGAAUUGAGAAAACAGUGUGUGACACAAUCAGCCUAUCAGAAAUUGACAAGCGUAUAGAAUCUUGUUUCUCACAGAAAUAUAUCUGCAACCCCCGUUCUUAUACAAUAGAUUCUACUCCAGUUUCAUAAGGAUGGAGUGAUUGUCGUAGAUAGGGAGUACCAGGAAGGAAGAUAUGAGUCAGGAUGGACAUGGACAUUAAUUGGCCAAGUUAUAGAUCAUCAUAGGUAAAAACACUGGUAUUGUUGGCCGUAGUAGUCAAUUACUUUAGCCAGGGUCUGAGACUUACAGGGCAAAAGUUAAUAUAUGAUCCUGGUGACCAGCUGGGCCUACCACUAGAGGAGUUCCCCAGACAAUUCUCUUUUACUGCCAGCAUUAUCUGGGUUUUCUAGUUUCCUCGAUAGAAAACAAGUGGUUAGAGAUCGCAGUGUAAAAUGUACUCACACCAGUACUGAGUUAUAGGGAUAUUAAAGGGCAUCUUUCCUUAAUUUGAUUGCUGUAUCAUUCACAAGGGAUACCGGUUCUGUGGAUUUUCCUCAGCGUAUCAGGAUGACAAGCAAGCUGAAGUCUCACGAGAGCUUUUAUAGGGAUGUAUCACCUUACAUUGCGACUUGUACAAUCCAGAAGAUACCAGAAAAGUUACUGCUGAAAGUAUUUUCUUACCUCAAGCAUCCAGAGUUAAGUUACGUGGCGCAGGUGUGUAAAAAAUGGCGUAUGUUGGCUUAUGACAGUCGAUUGUGGCAUGUUGUAUCACUACGCCCGGAAUACUCGGGACUACACGUUACGAACAUAGACCUUUUGUUAUCCCUCAUCGGGAUACGUUUCGGUGCCACGAUGAAGUACAUAGAACUUCCGUGUGAGUUAAUCACAGCUCCCAUUUUACACGAACUUGCUAACAAGUGCCCAAACUUGAAUUACAUGACCCUUGACUUUUCCAAUGCUAUGCAAUUGCACGACUUCAACGAUCUCAACGCCUUUCCCUGUAAUCUACGAAGUCUGUGCCUGUGUCUUUCGGAAGUGAUUUUCCUGGAGGGAUUUAUGCGCCGGAUAUACAGCUGUCUGUCCUCAUUAGAAGUACUCCACAUGAUCGGUACAUUUGAAAUGUCAACAGAAGCAGAAGACGACAUCUAUGAGGUUGUUAACAUCGGGAAGAUCAAAGCCCACACCCCUAAUCUGAGGAUCGUGAACCUGUACGGAAUCUCAUUCAUAGACGACUCACAUAUUGAGCUGCUAGCCUCCAACUGUAUUCAUCUAGAGUGUGUGGCCUUGAACUUUUGUCUCAGGGUCAAAGGGUCAUCAUUCAAAGUCCUUCUACAAAGAUGUAAAAAACUUAAGAGUUUACUAUUGCAACAUACAGGUGUGGUCGACCAACAUAUGAUCGCAGCCCCAUGGGAAAUGUCCGUAAUCCAGGAGUUGGAUUUGACAUCCACGGAACUCUCCACUGUAUGCCUGGAGAGCAUGCUGCUCCGCAUAUCAGGAUUUACCUACCUUGGUCUGGGUUACUGUGAAUUCUUCUCAGAUCGUAUUUUAGAACUGCUGAUAGCUAGAGGAAAACUGAAUCAUCUGAAGGCCAUCGACCUUAGUUACACCAAUGCCUUGUCAGAAAGCGCCAUCUAUCAGCUGCUACAGAAACUAGGGGGCAACCUGGAGGGUCUAAUGAUUGCUGGCAAACCCAAACUCACAGAAAACUUCUGGCUCAAUGUCAUUUCAUUCUUAAAAAACAUCAGGAUCUGUGUACUCGGUACAGCCAAUGGAUGGUUCCUGAAGAUGCAGAGUAAGGUCCAUAUCGAUCAGGUGAUCGAGUGGUACGCCCAGAACUGUCCCCGAAUGGAACGCCUCGAAAUCCAAUGGGAUCCUGACACUAUUCGUUUCUCUGACAAGAGCAACAAAUUUGUCGACCAUAUAAGGUUACGCUGCCCAAACAUGAAGUCCUUUACUCUGAGUGACGGGGAAUAUUAUGAAAUGGUCAAGUCGAAUUUCGAGAGAGCAGAUCGAGUAAAGGUCGUUAGGACAACAACAAACUACUCUACUAGCAUUGUUAGUCUCCUGUCCUGUUACAAAGAUCUCCUCUUCAAUUGAGAGUUGCUUCCCCUAACAGCGGACAGUGUUUGUCUUCACAUGUUAAGGUCUGCCAAUGACUGUGAAGGUCAAGGUCAAUGCAGUUUUGACUGACCAUUUAGAAUCUCGGCAUGUUUCGUUCAGAUAGUCGGACAGGGACAGCUGACAGGGUACACUGUGAACAGUAGAGGCUUGUAAGAGGAAGUUAUCCUAAUUCCCUUGGAUUUGUUUACCCACAAUCCUCUGUAUCCCUGUCAUGUGACCUCACCCUGUGACCUUGACCUUGUCUUGUAUCACUAGAGGUUGUAAGUGUGAAUGAGAACAUAGAGAGAACAUUGGAGGAGUAAACUUACCCAGAUGUGACAAAAAUACAGUAAGGACUAAAAUCAUUCAGGCUGUAGUUUAAAUCUGUUUUCCUUGAAUAACUACAUUAAUCAUUAAUUAUCAAAAGGAAAUUGCGUCAGUGUAAACUUACAUUGAGUGAGUAGUUUAUGGUGUGAGGCCAGUUACGUCAGUAGGUAGGCUACAGAAGGAUAUCGGUAGGGUACGUUUAUAUGCAAAGUUCCCACAAAGUUCCCACAAGGUUCCCGCAAGGUUCCCGGAAGGAUCCUGCAAGGUUCCCACACUGGAAUGGUGGAAUAUUUUAGAUUUCUGUUUCCCACACUGGAGUGGUGGGAUGUUGUUUCCCAAACUGGUGUAGUGAGGUGUUUUAUAUUUCUGCUUCCCACACUGGAGUGGUGUGAUGGUACAUAUAAGGUUCCCACACUGGAAUGGUGGAAUAUUUUAGUUUUCUGUUUCCCACACUGGAGUGGUGGGAUGGUACAUAUAAGGUUCCGACACUGGAGUGGUGGGAAAUUUUAGAUUUCUGUUUCCCACACUGGAGUGGUGAGAUGGUACAUAUAAGGUUCCCACACUGGAGUGGUAGGAUAUUUUAGAUUUCUGUUUCCCACACUGGAGUGGUGAGAUGGUACAUAUAAGGUUUCCACACUGGAGUGGUAGGAUAUUUUAGAUUAUUGUUUCCUACACUGGAAUGGUGGAAUAUUUUAGAUUUCUGUUUCCCACACUGGAGUGGUGGGAUGGUACAUAUAAGGGUCUGACACUGGAGUGGUGGGAAAUUUUAGAUUUCUGUUUCCCACACUGGAAUGGUGGAAUAUUUUAGAUUUCUGUUUCCCACACUGGAGUGGUGAGUUGGUAAGUGUAAGGUUCCCACACUUAAGUGGUGGGAAAUUUUAGUUUUCUGUUUCCCACAGGAAAUAACUAGUGCUACACAUCUUCAUGUCAUUAUUCAAAGGGGAAACAUCAAACAUGUUACAUUGUAAUCAAACACCAGACUGAAAUCAAACUCUUGUUUAUAUUUAUUUCUGCUAAUACAUUUCUAAAAGAAUAUUUUUACUAUGCAUAUAUGUGUCUUCUUCAGAGCUUAUGCAGAAUUUUUGCCAGUUUAUUUGAUAUAUUUUGUAACUCUUGACUCAUUUACCCCUGAAAUUGAAUUGGAAGAGGUUAAAUGUGUCUUUAGGGGUGAAUGAGUUAAGUAGAAUAUUUGUAACGUCUAUCACACAAAGGGGGAUAACUGUUGUUUACAAAUAUGUGUGUCCUGUGUCCAGGACCGUUACAAGAAAGUUUUGAAGAUAUUUUAUCCAGUUUAUGGCUUUCAAACUUUAAUAAAUAAAAUUCUAAGUCAAACAUUUUUAAAGGACUUCUUAAAUAGAAAUCAGGAUUUUAAGGUGUUGAUGGAAUUUUGAUAUCAUUUGAAAAAAGCAGAACUAUUUAUUGAUGAUAGAUACAGAUUCAUAGGCAUGGGACAUUAUGUGCAAUUUGAGAUCCCGAUGGCUGAUAUUUAUUAAUUAUUGUUUCAGAGACUUUAUCUCUAUAUUUGUUAAAUUAUUUUUAUGAAUGAAAUUAUUUAUUAUCAUACAAGUGGCGUGUGUUAUUUCAUUGAUAUAUGAAACGUCAAAAAACUUACUGUGUAUACAUAAAGUUAUAGCAAAACAUUUUAUUUAUUUCUAUCACCGGUUGACAUCCAUAGUGUUAUGCAAUUCAGAAUGUGUGAAAUAUUGCAGUUUCUUUGGUUUUGUGUGCGUUUCAUUGAUGAAAUAGUAUUACUAGGCUCUUGAGUCUUAAUAUUCUUUAUUUACUAAUGUUUGACCUUGAGCAAAGGUCAUGUGAUGGACACAACACACCGAGCCAAAGUAACCACUAGUUUGACCUCUACCAAGAAUCCUAUCUCUUUCAAAAUAUAAUAUACAGAACACCUUUAUAUCACAUAAUCGGCCUGUUAUUGAGUGGAUUCACUCUGUAUAACAUUUUUACAUAUUAUGUUACGAAUGGAAGAUACCCUGUAGCAUUUUUGAUUGGCUGCGCCAGUCUGAAAUUGAUUGUGAUGUCGUAUUAAUAAUGGUGUGACAUCAUGAAUUGAACAUGGCAACAAAAUGGCUGUCUCCAUUUGAUUUUGCCCUUCACAUUUUGACUUUUUGACCCCCUACUUAUAGACAACAAUUUAUUUGUUGGAACACUGGGCCUAUUAAGUAUAUAAAUACUCUAUAAUGUUUUAAAUCAAAUACUUGUUUUAAUGAUUGUUUAAAUAAUUACUAUAUUGAUUGGAAAACAGGAUGAGUGAGCUUUUAAUUUAAUCACAGAGAUCUGUACUAUAAAGUAUCAUGUUAUUUUAAAUAUAUUCCACCUUGAUUGACAGUGAUACUGCUAAAACAUACUACCUGUACUGGUGUGAAAUAUCUGUUGUUGUACCUAAACUUGUUUAUUUUACCUGUAAGGUGAUUAACUAAUCGGGUUGUUGAUUGUGAUUAAACUUAUGAAAUACCA